AUGACCACUAACAUAUUUGAGUCAGUGAACAAUUUGAUGCGAAAGGCAAGAGAGUACCCUAUUAUUGCUAUGACCGAUUUUAUCAUAAGCACGAUGGGACAAUGGUUCCUUGAACGUCGACGGGAAGCAUAUGCAGUGACAACUCCAUUGACACCGAGGAGGGAAGAAAUAUUAUGUAAAAGAUGGGAUGAAGUCGGUUCAUUGAUAACUCUCCAGUUAAAUGAGAAUGAGUACAAUGUGAUGUGUGGAGAACUCGAUUCAAUAGUAAAUUUAAGGUCAAAGAGUUGCACGUGCAAAGUUUUCGAUAUUGAUAACCUUCCAUCAUAUGCUGAAACUAUUUAUCCUGUUCCUCCAAACUCACAAUGGACCGACAGUCCUGAAGAUGUUAUUGCAGUACAAGUGAUAGCACCUCCUGAAGACAAGACUAAAGGAAGACCAAAAAUCAAUCGCAUACCUUCCCAAGGUGAAGUCCCUAAGAAAAAAUAUAAUUGUGGAGCAUGUGGACAAUCAGGACAUAAUUCAAAAAAAUGUCCUAGUCGACAAGUGCCAUCAGAUGUUAGAAGCACAACUCAUGUGUGA